GACCAGGGGGCGCCGGCACCAGCCAUGGGGGGUUGUGAAGCGAGAGGUUUGCUCUGGAAAUUUGGCCUGUUCUUCCCUUUGCUGACGGCGUGUCCGGCGGGCUGCAGCCAAGUCUCCAGCAACCAAGUGGUGUUGCUUGAUACUACAGCUGCAAUUGGAGAACUAGGAUGGAAAACCUAUCCUUUAAAUGGGUGGGAUGCCAUAACUGAAAUGGAUGAACACAAUCGUCCCAUUCACACCUACCAGGUAUGUAAUGUAAUGGAACCAAACCAAAACAACUGGCUUCGUACAAAUUGGAUCUCCCGUGAUGCAGCCCAGAAAAUUUAUGUGGAAAUGAAGUUUACCCUGCGGGACUGCAACAGCAUUCCAUGGGUAUUGGGAACUUGCAAAGAAACUUUUAACCUUCACUACAUGGAGUCAGAUGAGUCCCAUGGAGUUAAAUUCAAGCCAAACCAAUACACUAAAAUUGAUACUGUUGCAGCUGAUGAGAGUUUUACCCAGAUGGACUUGGGUGACCGCAUCCUUAAACUCAACACAGAAGUUCGUGAGGUUGGGCCAAUAAACAGGAAAGGAUUCUAUCUUGCUUUCCAGGACAUUGGAGCCUGCAUUGCUCUGGUCUCUGUCCGCGUUUACUACAAAAAGUGCCCUUUCACGGUUCGUAACUUGGCUAUGUUUCCUGAUACUAUUCCAAGGGUUGAUUCUUCCUCUUUGGUGGAAGUACGCGGUUCCUGUGUGAAGAGCGCUGAGGAGCGGGAUACUCCAAAACUGUAUUGUGGAGCAGAUGGGGAUUGGCUUGUGCCUCUUGGGCGAUGCAUCUGCAGUGUAGGAUAUGAGGAAGUGGAUGGUUCCUGCCAUGGUCCUGACUGGAAGGUGAUAGCUCACCAGGAAGGGAAGGUUCAGUGGAAGACUUAUCAGGGUAGCUAGCCCUGGUGACAGCAGAG